CUGUCUAUAGUCAUUGACAAAGAGGGACACACACAGCACAGAAGAGAUUGCUUUGUGGACUAAAAGAGAAGAGAGAUUCUUUCCAAAGUGUGUUUCUUCUUCUGACUCCCAAUGACUAGCCAGUGUCUCCUGCUGUUCUCAGCCCUACUAUUUAGUCUGGCCCAUGGAGAAGAAAUCUUCCAACCUACUCUGGUUCUGGAUAUGGCCAAGAUCUUAUUGGAUAACUACUGCUUCCCAGAAAACUUAAUGGGGAUGCAAGAAGCAAUUGAGCAAGCAAUUAAGAGUGGAGAGAUCUUGGAUAUCUCUGAUCCCCAAAUGCUGGCCAACGUCCUGACGGCAGGUGUGCAGGGUUCUCUCAAUGACCCACGGCUAGUGAUCUCUUAUGAGCCCAGCACCUCCGAGGCUCCUCAGCACGACCCCAAAUUCGCCAACGCCACUCAGGAAGAGCUACUUGCCUUAUUCCAGAAAAUAAUCAAAUACCAGGUACUGGAGGAUAACGUUGGUUACCUAAGAGUGGACUACAUCCCUGGCCGAGACAUGAUAGAGGAAGUUGGGGAGUUCCUGGUGAAUGACAUCUGGAAGAAGGUCAUGGAGACCUCCUCUCUCGUGUUGGAUCUCCAGCACAGCAGAGGAGGUGAAGUUUCAGGAAUCCCCUUUGUCAUUUCUUACCUCCACCAGGGGGAUAUCCUGCUCCACGUAGACACGAUUUACGACCGGCCAUCAAACACCACUACUGAGAUCUGGACCCUGCCCCAGGUGCUGGGGGAGAGGUACAGUGGGGAGAAGGACAUCGUGGUUCUCACCAGCCAUCAUACUGUAGGGGUAGCUGAGGAUAUCGCCUACAUCCUCAAGAAGAUGCGUCGGGCCAUUGUGGUGGGAGAGCAGACCCAGGGAGGGUCCCUCGAUCUCCGGAAGCUGCGCAUUGGACAGUCAGACUUUUUCAUCACCGUCCCUGUGGCACGUUCUCUGAGCCCCCUGGGUGGGGGUAGCCAGACUUGGGAGGGCAGCGGGGUGGUUCCCUGUGUGGGGAUUCCAGCAGAACAGGCUCUGGAGAAAGCGCUGGCCAUUCUCACCCUCCGCAGGGCAAGACCAGGAGCCAUUCAGAGGCUCAUGGAAAUCUUGCAGAAAUACUACACCCUGGUGGAUAGGGUACCGGCCCUGCUCCAUCACCUAACCGCCAUCGACUAUUCCUCCGUGCUCACGGAGGAGGAUUUGGCCGCCAAACUCAACGCGAUGCUCCAGGCGGUGUCCGAGGAUCCCCGGCUCCUGGUGCGGGUUCUGAGGCCCGAGGAAGCCACAGUCGAGGCUGAACCCGGAGAGGAAUCUGCCACUCCCGCCUCCGUGUCCCUGCCUGAAAGUGACGCCGAACGGCAGGCGCUGAUAGACUCGGUUUUCCAGGUGUCGGUUCUCCCGGGCAACGUGGGCUACCUGCGCUUUGAUGAGUUUGCCGAUAACUCGGUCCUCGGCACACUGGCUCCCUAUGUGCUGCGACAGGUCUGGGAGCCCCUUCAGGACACCGACCACCUCAUCAUGGAUCUUCGCUAUAACCCCGGGGGGCCUUCCUCGGCGGUGCCCUUGCUCCUGUCCUAUUUCCAGGACCCAGCCGCGGGCCCCGUUCGCCUCUUUGCCACCUACGACCGCCAGACCAACCAGACGCAGGAGUACCGGAGCCGGGCAGAGCUGCUUGGCAAGCCCUACGGAGCCGAGCGGGGAGUCUACCUGCUCACGAGCUACCACACGGCCACGGCGGCGGAGGAGUUUGCUUUCCUCAUGCAGUCCCUGGGCCGGGCCACCCUGGUCGGGGAAAUCACGGCCGGCAGCCUGAUGCACACCCGCACCUUCCCUCUGCUGCAGCCCCCCAAUGGGAGCCUGGUUCUCACCGUGCCCACUCUCACUUUCAUCGACAACCACGGCGAGUGCUGGCUCGGAGGAGGAGUUGUGCCCGACGCCAUUGUCUUGGCCGAAGAAGCUCUGGACAAAGCCAAGGAGGUCCUAGAAUUUCACCAGAGGCUGGGCGCCUUGGUAGAAGGCACUGGACACCUCGUGGAGGCCCAUUACGCUCUCCCCGAAGUAGUCGGGCAGGCCAGUGCCUUCUUAAGAGCCACACUAGCCCACGGGACCUACCGCACAGCUGUAGACUUCGAAUCAUUAGCAUCCCAACUUACCAGCGACUUGCAGGAGGUGUCCGGGGACCAUCGGCUACACGUGUUCCACAGUCCCGGGGAACCAGUCCCGGAAGAAUCGUCCCCACCUCACAAAGGGGUCCCUUCCCCUGAGGAGCUGACUUACCUCAUCGAGGCUCUCUUCAAGACAGACGUCCUGCCGGGGCAGUUGGGCUACCUCCGUUUUGACAUGAUGGCGGAGGUAGAGACGGUGCGAGCCAUUGGCCCCCAGCUAGUAGAGCUGGUGUGGGAGAAGCUGGUGAAUACAGAAGCAUUGGUGGUGGACCUGAGGUACAACCCUGGGAGCUACUCCACCACCGUGCCCCUCCUCUGCUCCUACUUCUUCGAAGCUGAGCCCCGAAAGCACCUGUACACCGUCUUUGAUCGGGCAACCUCCCAGUUCACAGAGGUUUGGACUCUGCCUCAGGUGACUGGAGAGCGUUAUGGUUCCCAGAAGGACUUGUACAUCCUGAUCAGCCAUACCAGUGGCUCUGCGGCUGAAGCCUUUGCUCACAUCAUGAAGGACCUGCAGAGGGCCACAGUCAUUGGUGAGCCCACGGCAGGAGGGGCCCUUUCGGUGGGCAUUUACCAGGUGGGUGACAGCCCCCUUUAUGUUUCCAUGCCCACUCAGGUAGCCCUCAGCCCAGUCACUGGGAAAGCCUGGGAUAUGGCCGGGGUUGAGCCUGAUGUCAGCGUGUUGGCAAAUGAGGCCCUCAUCACUGCCCAGGGCAUUGUUGCCCUUCGUGCCAAGGUGCCCACCAUUCUACAGACAGCUGGCAAGCUUGUUGCUGAUAAUUAUGCUUCCCCAGAGGUGGGAUCCAGAGUGGCAGCAAAGCUGGCAAGUCUCCAGAUCCAGUAUGGGAAAGUUACCUCAGAAGGGGAACUGGCUGACAUGUUGGGGGCAGAUCUGCAGACUCUUUCUGGAGAUAGACACCUGAAGACAGCCCAUAUCCCAGAGGACGCCAAGGACCGCAUCCCUGGGAUCGUUCCCAUGCAGCUUCCCUCUCCUGAAGCCUUUGAAGACCUGAUCAAGUUUUCCUUCCAUACCAAUGUAUUUGAGGGCAACAUUGGCUACCUGAGGUUUGACAUGUUUGGAGACUGUGAGCUGCUCAUCCAAGUCUCAGAUCUGUUGGUGGAACACGUCUGGAAGAAGGUCAUGCACACGGAUGGAAUGAUUAUUGACAUGAGGUUCAACAUAGGAGGCCCCACCUCCUCCAUCUCCGCUAUGUGUUCCUACUUCUUUGAUGAAGGUCAAGGAGUUCUUCUAGACCGGAUCUACAACAGACCAAAUGAUUCCAUCAGUGAAAUCUGGACACAGCCUCAGGUCAUAGGUGAACGAUAUGGUUCCAAAAAGACUGUGGUCAUCCUCACCAGCAGCAUGACGGCGGGUGCCGCGGAGGAGUUUGUGUACAUCAUGCAGCGGCUCGGGAGGGCUUUGGUCAUUGGGGAGGUAACCAGUGGUGGUUGCCAACCCCCUCAGACCUACCACGUGGAUGACACCGACCUCUACAUCACCAUCCCUACCACCCGAUCAGUUGUCUCUGGGGACAAAUCCUCCUGGGAGGGAGUAGGAGUGGUCCCUCACAUGGAGGUUCCAGCUGACCAAGCCCUUAGCAAAGCCAAGGAAAUGUUCACCCACCAAUUGCAGAAGACAAAAUAGAUCUUCUGGCCUGUUGGGAAGCAAUGUAAAAGUUCCCGUAGGUUAAGAUCAUCCAAACAUUUAUCAAUGUACAGAAGGGAUGUAGCUAGGUAUUCUAAGAGAUGAACCCCUCUUUUUCAGUCUAUGAUUCUAAUUAUACUUAAAAGAACUUUUCAAAAUUCAGUUUAAUCCCUCUGUCCCUAGAGUAUCUGUGAUAAUGAUUUUCCUCAACUUCUCUUUUCCAGUUUUCUUUGCUAAUUUUUUUAAGGUUAUGUAGUUUGAUAACAAGACUAAUAGAGUUGGAGCCAGAGGACCUGGGUUCACAUCUAGGAUUUAUUUUUUCUGUAUGGUUCUGGAUAAGUCAUUUAAUCUUUAUAGGUCCCAGUUACCUCAGGUGUAAAUUGAGGACAGAACCAGAUGACCCCAAAAGUUCCCCUAGAUUUAAAUCUAACCUAAAAAUAAAUAAAUAAAGCCCUUUCCUUCAAAAAGUUUUUAUUUGACAGUCUUUAGAAUCUCAUUUUCCUGGUUGCUCUUCUUGAGAUAUUCCAAUUUUAUCACCUCCCCUAAAAUCUGGCACCAAAAGCUAGAAACAGGAUUACAAGUUGAGCCUUUAGUUUAAGGCAUUUACAGAAGUGCCUCAUGGCACAUACAGACUACUGCAUCUGAAAAUAUGUGAUUAGUCUGACCUGGUCUGCUCUUGAUAAUUGCAUGCUGGCUUUUAGAGAUCAUUAUUUCUCUUUCCAAAUGUCACUAACUAUUCCCUUAAUGCUGUGUUGUGGCAUUUUGUCUAAAAUGGAGGUCAACUUUACCAAUAUACAAGUUGGCAACUCCACCUUCUCCUACGAACUGCCAAGAAUAUUGUUACCAAGAGUUUCCUCUCCCUCUUGGUCUGAUUUUCCUUUCAAAAUAUUGGGCCACUGGAUCCUGCCAAUCCUUUCUCUGAACCCCACACUAUUUGCUCAUGAGGAGUGUGCAUAAAAUAUUGUCUAGCUACUAUUCUGAGCAACAGGGAAAAGGGGACAAGGAGAUCAAUAUGACUAAAACCAAGACUAUGAAUGUGCAUCCUUGCUCUGUAUUUGACAACUAUGUUCUUAUAACCCAAGUAAAUGGAGUUUUUAAUAGCCCUUGCUCACACCUAGUAAAUCAUUUGUGAUAUGCCAAUACCUGGGCUUAGAUUAGUUUCUGUACCUCCUACCAGAGCCUCUAAGGUCUCUCCCAGCCCAAAAUUUAUGAUACCAUAAUUUCCCAGAAACCCAUGGCUACUUCCACAGCACAAAGAAAGCAACAUGGUCAUUCUUUUUAUUAUUAUUAUUAUAGCUUUUUAUUUACAAGACAUAUG